CUGACGAUCUCUAACUCUGUGGUGCUGCGGCCGGAGUAAAGCCUGCAAGUACAAGCUCAUGACACAGUCAAACAGCAUGAAUUGUUCAACCUGGUUCUAUAAAACGUGCUGUAGGUCUAGAUGAUCUAAACAAAGUAUUAGCUUUACUAUUCCGACUGAAGCCAGAAGACUGGCAAAGUGAUUAAUUAACUAUGACUGCCAACGAGGAGCAGGAGAUGGAGUUAGAAGCUCUGCGCUCAAUUUACGAAGGUGACGAUUGCUUCAAAGAGCUGAGUCCUAACUCCUUCCAGUUCAGGAUAGGAGACCUGAACGAGUCCAAAUCAUUCCUGCUAGAUAUCUCAUUGCCUGAGACGUAUCCAGAAACCGCACCGCAUGUAUCCUUAGAUGCCUUUUUCAACAACAGAAUCUCAUCGGAGACCAAGCAGUUAAUCAUCUCCAAGCUGCAUGAGCAGGUGGAGGCGAACCUGGGCAGUGCCAUGAUGUACACUCUGUUUGAGUGGGCCAAAGAAAACCAGGAGAUGCUGAUGGAGAAUCACCAGCCCGUAGUGUCUGCUGUGACCCUGACUUCUACCAGUGAACUGAACAGUCAAGUCUCAGUCAGUAAGAAAAAGGAGAAGAAAGAACAGCUCACCAAAGCACAAAAAAGAAAAAUGAUAGGAAGAACUGACAACAAAGGUGAACUGCCCAGAGGUUGGAACUGGGUCGACGUCAUCAAGCAUCUGAGCAAGACAGGAGGAAAAGAAGACGGCUAAAGAAACUGCCCCUGAACCUUGUGUGUUAAAGUAGAGACUGAUGGAGAACGAAAAUCUGCCGUGACUUGAUUUUUAAAGAAAGUUAAAAUGCACCAUGAUUUGGACGAAGCCACUGUUUUGUUUGUGCCAACGAGGCACGUGACAUGAGCUUAAAAUAUCCACUGGCAAAAUAAAACAUCGAGGUAGAUUCACAAAGUGACAGCAAACAAGCACUUGCAAUACGAACGCAAUGCAGUGUCUCAUAUAGUGUGUUCUGAGGGCAGACUCGGCUCCCAUGUCUUCACAUUACAGGGCUUUGUUGCCACAGCCCCAGGUUAUACCACUACCAAGCAACUGAUUGAUUUGUAUCAAACACUCUGUGUGUACAAAAUGGCAAAAUUUAAAAGUUUAUGAAGCAUUGUGGUUUGAUCAAGUGAACCUCAGUUUGUAUUUGUACCAGUUUUUAGCCUUGUUUUUCUUUCUUUCUCCUUUCAGUUAUUUAUUGUGCAUAUUUUUUGACACAAUAUAAAAAAUUUUAUGGACGAUU